AUGGAAGAGGUCGAAUUCGACGCUGACAUCGCUGGGAUAGGAGUCUUAAUAGCUUUCGUUGCAACAUCUCUAGCCGUAAUCAUUGUACUGGUCUUUGCCUUUUCUACUCUUUCAGUACCCUUACGACUUCUCAAUACAGGGGAUAUCGUCAUGGCUGCUCGUAUGAGGCGUCUGUACCGUCGACUACGAUCAUGGUUACCGAAACUCAAGCGUGCCAAGGAAGAGGAUAACAGGAACGAGCGAGUGGCUGCCUACAAAGCCUUUCUGCUCUCAACAAGUGAUCAACUUCUCGUUUCACAGGUCGCUAUUCUGAUCGCUGCAUUCAUCAUAUAUUCCGAAAUCACAAUUUACUCCGUUAACAUUGUUGUGGCACUAGGAUGUUUGGCAUCUACUGUCCACCUUGGCUGUUUUCCAUUCUACCUGGACCGUCUGGAAGACCACAGUGCCGCAAAGUUUUUCAGAGUACUUGCAAUGAUUGCAGGAUCCGGUAUGCUCAUAUUUAUGCUUAUUGUACAGUUAUCGUACAGUUGGGAUAUGGAAACGCAUGUCUACUUUACUUGCGCCAUGCAGGACUUUGACAUAGACGGGAAUACCUUUGCCAAUCGCUUCAUCGACCUAUUUGUUCCUCUUACUGUCCUCUAUGGCACAUACGAGAUUGUUAAGCUUCUAUAUACACAGCAACCGCGAGAUAUUGAGUCAACCAACAGGCACACUGAGGCCCAAAAAGGCAUAUCACCACCACCGAGAAUCAAUCAUGUAGCUCAUAUCAUGACUGGCAUUUUCAUUGAGAUGCACCCAAUAUGUCGGAUUCCAGAACGAUUGCAGCGGUGCAUAGACACAAAUUCGACAGAUCAACUCAGCACAAUCGAGAAAGAAGCUUUAUACAUAUACAUUAGAUUACAGCGCAACUCGACGGACAACUCCGAAAAUAUCUAUCGCCAACUGCAACUGGAACUCUUGGAUCAAAAUCCCAAGACGCCAACGCUCAGGGAUAUAUGGCAAAGGGUUGAUGAAAACCAGCGGAACACACUUGUAAACAACUGGCUUCAAAUGAAAGCUCUGGCUCUGCUCUCACCUGAAACCGGAAUCCAACCCCAUCUAAAGCUUCGCAGUGUACUAGCCGCCGAGCGAUGGGCAUUUCACCAGUGUCGUGGCUCCUUCGUAUGGAGAAUCUUCUGGCUUUGGUCUGGUAAUGUCUAUGGAACUGCGACCAUCUUCGCCUCUCGUGUUACCAGAAUAGUCAUGAUUGUGCUGUUGGCAAGCCUGACACUCCGAAGAGUUACUGACCUGAUCUUCAUGGCCAAAGUUACCAAAUCCAUGCCUGAAAUCCUUUACAGAUUGGGUAGUGAUAAUUUGAACGAGCCGUCGCAGGUCGGAGAUCAAGCUUCGCGUAUGGUAAUGGCUCAAGGAGCUGUUGAAACCAAUCAAGACGUACAGGAAGAGUAUAUAGAUUGA